CAUAAAGAUUAUAUAUCGGCAGUCACAAUCAGACAGACCUCUUGCCUUCGCUCUUUUGAUAACAAGAAAUGAACUUAAGAGCAUUUGCAAGACAUCCUGACACGCUGUUGCGCACACUUCCACACAACUUGCCGUGCAUCACGGGCACCCAUCAUAGCUCGAUCACACAAUCACCAACAUCAACAAUUAUAUCCAUUGCAUCCUCAGUCAGGACACAACAGGCAUAUACGCACACCUCUAGUAAUCAAACAUCUCCAAUGCCUGCCAAGAGAAGCAACAACCAUAGAGGCGCGGCACCGCCCAGAGCCAAAGCCAAGAAGAUCAAGACUGCCCCCACAACCACCACCACAACAGAUGAAGGAACAUCCAAAAACCCGGACAAAGGCAUCGUCUACUUUUGGAAACCAACCCACCCGCAGACCGGCUACCUCUCGCAGUGGUACUGGCUGCCGUUCUACGACGAUCAGGAAUCGCCCCGCAAAGUGUACAAGACGGCAGAGCACUACAUGAUGCACCACAAAGCCCUGCUCUUUGGGGAUCCCGAAAUCGCCGCCGAGAUUCUCGAGGCCAACGACCCGAAGCUCGUCAAGCGUCUAGGCCGGGCUGUGCGCGGGUUCGAUGACAAGACCUGGAACGAGAACCGGGAGAAGAUCGUCACGCGAGGCAGCUACUGCAAGUUCUCGUUUCCUAUCACAGGCGACCAGGAAACUGAGGCUGGACGGAAAGACGACGAUGGCGGCGAAGAUGUAGCAGUCAAGGACAAAGAGGCGACCGCGGACAAUAACCAGGAAGCACCCACCGAGAGCCAAAGCACUGAACCACGAGAGUGGGAACUGGGCAAUGCCGAGGACGCGUUACUCAUCAAGGCUGCGUCGUUUCGAGAUGUUCUCUUGCAGACGGGCAACAAGGAGCUCGUCGAGGCGAGUCCCAUGGACAGGAUCUGGGGCGUAGGCUUUGGUGCCGCUAAUGCCGGCGCCAAUCGUGGAAGAUGGGGCUUGAAUCUGCUGGGGAAGUGUUUGAUGAAGGCGCGAGAACAGUUUCUCGAGGAGGGAAAGAAUGUCAAUUGAAAAGCGCAAACUGUGCUGGAGCUUCAACAAGAGAGCAGACAUUGAAGGGCUUUACCCUUAUGUUCGGCCGAGUAUAAAUAUACGCAAGAAGGAAUGAAUGAAUGAAUGUAUUUCCUUAGUUUGGGACGCAACUAUUCGAAUGCUUCGAGAACAACUGUGAGGUCCCGUCACAGGCAACCAAACAGACUAUCAGCAUACAAGCAGCCCGUGCCUUGUGCAAGGCGUAUUGCGUGAUACGAUCGAUGUGCAUCAUGUUGGUAUGGACCUCCGCUGCAGCACACUCGGAUGUGCUGUUCUUGCCUAAAUGGUGCGCCACUGUCCCAGCCUCGGCAACGAGUUAAAGAUUCACAAGAUUAACCCUUGGCCACCGAUCAAAAAGACCACUUGCCGC